GACGUUUAAUUGAAAUCCGAGAAAGAGUCGAGAAGAAGACCAACCCGCUACUGGGAUAUUUCGGAUCGGAAGGAACUCAGCAAGAGAACGACCGUCGAAAGAAUCCCUGGCUAGCGACAGCCAGACCGAAUCGCCAGUCAUGGAUUACUACUACGCAGGCUCCGAGAAGCCCUCGGAACGAUCAAGAUGGACACCUCUUACCCGCAUGCUUCUCUCCGGAGAGAUGACGCAGGAGAAGCAAAAGGAUUUGACGAUGCGGGAGCGCUUCGAUCGUUGGAUGAUUAACGAGGGAUACCGAAGAGUAUUCGUUUUUGUGUUCCUCGUUCUUCACGGUCUCGUCUUCGCAUUUGCCUCGGUCAACUUUGCCCUCAAGGACAACUUGCAAAUAGCGAGAGAUACAUUUGGCCCGACAUUUAUCAUUGCACGUUCAGCUGCGCUGGUGCUUCACGUUGACGUCGCUUUGGUCCUCUUCCCCGUCUGCCGCACGCUCAUCUCUCUGGCCCGCCAAACUCCGCUCAACGGAAUCAUUCAGUUUGACAAGAACAUUACCUUCCACAUUACCACCGCCUGGUCCAUUGUCUUCUUCUCGUGGGUCCACACCAUUGCCCACUGGAACAACUUCGCCCAGAUCGCCGCCAAGAACAACCUCGGAAUCUACGGCUGGCUGCUGGCGAACUUUGUUUCCGGACCCGGCUGGACUGGCUAUGUCAUGCUGAUCGCGCUGAUGGGUAUGGUCUUCACCUCCGUUGAGAAGCCCCGCCGUGCCAACUACGAGCGUUUCUGGUACACCCACCACAUGUUCAUCGUAUUCUUCUUCUUCUGGUCCAUCCACGGUGCCUUCUGCAUGAUUCAGCCCGACUUUGCUCCAUUCUGCACCAGCAUUGGCACUUCUGCCAUUGGUGUAUUUUGGCAGUACUGGAUGUACGGCGGUUUCGUCUAUCUGGCUGAGCGUGUCGCUCGUGAGGUUCGUGGACGCCACAAGACGUACGUCUCCAAGGUCAUCCAGCACCCCAGCAAUGUUUGCGAGAUCCAGAUCAAGAAGGAGCACACCAAGACCAGAGCUGGACAGUACAUUUUCUUCUGCUGCCCUGCUGUCUCUCUGUGGCAGUACCACCCGUUCACCUUGACUAGCGCCCCCGAGGAAGACUACAUCUCCAUCCACAUGCGUGUUGUCGGUGACUUCACCCGCGCCGUAUCGAUGGCUCUCGGCUGCGAGUGGGACAAGAAGAAGGACGAUGCCAGCAAGGUUGUCGGUGUCAACAGCGAUUCCAGCGAAGUCGACCCCGCCCUCCGCCGGGUCUUGCCCCGCGUCUACAUUGACGGACCCUUUGGUUCGGCCUCUGAGGACGUUUUCAAGUAUGAGAUCUCGGUUCUUUGCGGUGCCGGUAUCGGUGUUACGCCCUUCGCUUCCAUUCUCAAGUCCAUCUGGUACCGCAUGAACUACCCUCAACAGAAGACUCGCCUGAGCAAGGUCUACUUCUUCUGGAUUUGCAGAGACUUUGGCUCUUUCGAGUGGUUCCGCUCCCUUCUUCUCGCCAUUGAAGCCCAGGAUGUCGAUAACCGCAUCGAGAUCCACACUUACCUGACGGCCAAGAUCAAGGCGGACGACGCGACGAACAUUAUGAUUAACGACGCCAAUGCCGACAAGGAUACCAUUACCGGUCUGCGCUCGCCGACCAACUUCGGUAGACCCAACUGGGACAUGAUUUUCAGAGGUAUCCGCAAGUUGCACUCGCCCGCCGAGGCUGGUGUAUUCUUCUGCGGUCCCAAGGGUUUGGGUAGCACACUGCACAUUUUCUGCAACAAGUACAGUGAACCUGGCUUUUCAUUCGUGUGGGGCAAGGAGAACUUCUAAGCCAAGUUCGAAGAAAAAAAGGCAACAA